CAAAAUUAAAACUGUGCUAGUUACUUUCAGUUUAUUUAUUCUCUUUGCUUGUCUCUUGUGUUACUUUAGUAAGAAAGACUGUAAAAAUGUUCCACCAACAUAUAUUUGUUGUUUUGCUAACUGUCACAUGUGUUGAGACGUUAUUCAUAGAAAGAAAAUUAUACGGAGAUGUCAUUACAAAUAUAAGUAAAGAUGAAUGUAAGAUAAGUGAAAACACAGAAUGGAAAAAGAAAGUAUGUACAUGUGAAACAGGAUAUGAAACAGCAAUUGUUGUGGAGAAUAAGGUGAAAUGUAAAAACAGAAGUGAAAUUUUAAAAUUAUUUGAUUCGUCACGCUGUACCAUAUUUGGACAUAAUACAGAUAAAACCAGGAUUGUUGUUGCUCGUUAUGAUGGUGUUUUUUUCCUGAACAACAGGCAGAGAAAAGUAAAAAGUUGUCCAAAGAGACACGGUACCAAAAUUGAUUUAUUAUAUCCACAAAAACAAGUCAUUUCUAUCAACUGGACUUUUCAUUCUUUGGGCGCUCAUCCGUAUGUGAAAUUUAAAAGUAUCGACCAUAAAUAUUCUGGUUACUUGUUCAGAAUUAAUGGUGUGUGUAAUGAAAUAUGCAUUGUUGCGAAAUUUAAUGAAACAGUACUUAUUAACACAAAGACAACAACAAAAACAACAACAACAACAACAACAACAACAACAGCGCUAAAAACAACAAAAAAUUCAACUUUUGUGACUGACAAACACAACAGCAGCUCCAUUGAUAUACCAUUAUUAGUUGGUAUAGUAAUCGCAGCAUUGAUUCUCAUUCUUGUGGUAUUAAGCAUCCUAUUUGCCAUAAGACAAUGCAAAAGACCAAAGAUCAAGGAGAAAAAAAAUCCACAGCCAUCAGUGAUGGGAAAUCCAGAAUAUGAUUAUGUCAUAUCAACAGCUGCAAAGAGCUUGAUAUCCAGCGACACGAUACAUCAGACGGCGACAUAUUCACCAAUGUAUGACAUUCCGAAAACUAAAGAACGACCCCAAAAAGACCAACCUGAACCGGUAUACUUUGAAACAGAACCAGAAUACGAUGAUACAAUAUAUGCUCAAGAAAAGUUAGAAGAAUAUCUUGCAGCAAAACGUCCUGUUUAUGCAAAAAUAAACAAAAAUAGAUAACACAGAAACAUUUGCCUUGAAUUAAAGCAAAGUAUUUAUUAAAUAAAGAAUUAUAAAAAGUUUAGGAGAAGGUUUUGUAACUUUCUUUCCUUUUUUCUUUUCUUUAACAAAACAAGUUAUAAAAACGUGAAAAGACAUCAUUGCAUAGAAAAGUUGAUGUUAUCAGUUAUUAAAAUACGCUUUUAAAUCUGCCCAAAACAGUUUGUUGUUCUUCUAAAUAAUGAGAUUUUUCUAGUCCAACUACCUCUGGCCCGCAUUUGCUUGCUCCCGUGCUUUCAUUUUUGCUAGGUUCGUCGUGCCAGGACAUCGUAUUCAGCAUAGAUAUCGUAUUCAGCUUAGAUUCACUGGCGUAUUUAGCAACGUAUAUGUAUUUUCUACGUGUAUAUAUUGCUCUUUCUAUUGAGAGGAGGAAUACCGAAGACGAGUCGUUAUGUGUUGCAUAGUCGAACUCGCGAAGAUAUAUAUUUACACAGAAA